AUGGGGGUGGAUAUGAACGACCACUGCAAUACCACCGAAACAACGCGUCGUUCAAAGGCUGCUGUUAGAACAUGGUCCAAGGAAUCCUCGCCCUCAUCAUGGUGGUCUCUCCCUCAACCCAUCCGUCGCGUAUUCGAUCGAUUUCCUCUCGUCACCUAUCCGGCAAAUGGUCUUCCUCAACGAGCUCCUAAACAGCAGAACGAGACUAUCCUAUACAUUUUUCAGUCGGACGAGCCUCGAAGCCGUGACGCGCCCUCCUUCAAUCCAUCCUGUUUGAAAUGGCAGGCGUAUCUCAAGUUCCAUGGUAUUCCGCUUCGCACUCGGGCAUCCAACAAUCACGCUUCUCCGACGGGUUCUCUCCCAUUUCUUUUGCCUGCUCCUCAGGACUCUCUGCGACCGGCAGCGCCGAUUCCCGCGAAUCGAAUAGCACGAUGGGUAGUAUUACAAGGCGGAAAAGAGGAGGAUACUCACCCACGACAAGAGACGUACACCGCGUUGAUUGACCAUACCAUUCGAAGUGCCUGGUUAUACUACUUGUAUUUGGACGAAGACAAUUUCCGCUCUGUAGCAUGGCCAAUGUAUGUUGCGUCCGCGUCUACAUCUUAUGCCGUUCGAAUGAGUCUUGCAUAUCAACUUCGCAACGCGGCCAGAGAAGAACUGUUGAAGACAAGCGCUAUCAUUGAUGGCCAAGAAUUGUACAGAAAAGCCGCCGACGCAUUUCAAUCAUUAUCGACUCUUUUGGCAGAGAACAAAUUUUUCUUUGGCCAGACAACCCCUGGGCUCUUUGACGCCAGCUUAUUCGCAUACACUCAGAUCGUUCUCGACGAAAAUUUAGAAUGGAAAACACCCACUUUGAAAGAAGCAUUGCAGAUGCACGAAAACCUGGUACAACACAGAGCCCGGCUGAUGCGUGGGUUCUUCUCGAGCUGA